AUGUCAGCGGCGGAUCUACUGGUCAUUAUCAUUGUAGUCAUUUUGUACCGGAUCAAUUAUCAUUACUUUCCGGUGACUCUCCUGGACAUCACCCCUGUGUUCAGGACUAUCUAUGCACUGACGUAUGCUGCCGCAAAUUGUUCUGUGUGGUUCACGGUCACUUUCACCGUUGAUCGUUUUGUCGCCAUCUGCUGUCAGAAGCUGAAAUCAAAAUAUUGCACCGGGGAAACGGCCCCUGCGGUUUUGACACCAACUGAUGUUCUGCUCGUUCUGAAAAAUAUUCCAUUCUACUUUGCGUAUAAACCAAGAUGGAAAAUCGAUAAUAUCCCGUGGCUCUGUGUACUGAUGGACAGUUAUUACACUGACCUUGUGUGGGUGGGAUUUGACUGGUUCGAUAAAGUUUUAACUCCGUUCAUUCCUUUCUCUGUCAUUUUGUUGCUCAACGCUCUGACAGUCAGGCACAUUUUAGUGGCCAGUCGGGUCCGGAAAGGACUGAGAGGUCAUAACAUGGGGGAGGACAGCAGUGACCCAGAGAUGGAGAGCAGGAGGAAGUCGGUGGUUAUACUCUUCACCCUCUCCGGCAGCUUCAUCCUCCUGUGGCUGACGUAUGUUGUAGAAUUCGUCUAUUAUCAGAUCACAGGAAGAGGCAUCGAUCGGAAUGAUUCUGAAAUUAUCUUCCAUGAAAUCGAGUAUUUGUUGAGUAAUAUCAGCUGCUGCACGAACACGUUUAUUUACGCGGCAACUCAGUCUAAAUUCAGGGAACAGGUGAAGAGCGCGGUGAAAUAUCCUGUCACCUCAGUGCUUCAGUUAAUUAAUAAAGCCCAGCCGUGA